CUCAAGUAUUCAGCUUUCGUUGCAAACCCUUUGAGAUCUAUUUUCUCUCUUCACCUUUUCAUCUUUCCUUUUCCUUUAGAGAUACAUACAAAAAUGGGAUUCAGAUUUCCAAGCAUAGUUCAUGCUAAGCAGCUAAUUCAGAGACCUUUAUCAAGUUCAAAAGAUGUUCCAAAAGGGUAUUUAGCAGUUUAUGUUGGGGAAAACAGAAUGAAGAGAUUUGUGAUCCCCGUUGCAUACUUAAACCAGCCUUCAUUCCAAGACUUCCUAAGUCAAGCUGAAGAAGAAUUCGGAUUCGAUCAUCCAAUGGGAGCUCUUACAAUUCCCUGCACAGAAGAUGCCUUCAUCGAUCUCAUUUCCCGCUUGAAUGCCUAAUGAUUGGCAUAUACACACUGAUUAUAUAUUAACAAUCUCUAACAAAAAUGAUCAUUACAAUUUUGUAAGGCAAACAUUGCCAAUACCAUGUAAAUAUUUUUCCUUGGGGUUCAACAAAAAAGUUGUGCCUAAGAGUGGGAUAAAUGAAUUCAAUUCUAAGAUA